AUGGGCUGCGGAGCGUCCAAGGUCGACAAGGAGGGCCAGGCCCGCAACGAUGAGAUCGAGGCGCAGCUCAAGAGGGACCGCCUGGCCCAGAAAAACGAAAUCAAGAUGCUCCUCCUCGGCGCCGGAGAGUCGGGCAAGUCGACCAUCCUCAAGCAGAUGAAGCUCAUCAACCACGGAUCCUACUCGCCAGAGGAGCGCGACUCGUACAAGGAAAUCAUCUUUUCAAACACGCUCCAGUCGAUGCGCGUCAUCCUCGACGCCAUGGAGCGCCUCGACAUCCCGCUCGCAGACGGCGGCAACGCCGGCCGCGCCGAAAUCAUCCUCGGCCUCACGCCCAGCAUCGAGAGCGAGGUCCUUCCGCGCGAGGUCGCCGACGCCAUCUACGGCCUCUGGAAGGACGCGGGCGUGCAGGAGUGCUUUACCAGGAGCCGCGAGUACCAGCUCAACGACUCGGCAAAGUACUACUUUGACUCGAUUGAGCGGAUGGCGGACCCCAACUACCUGCCCACGGACCAGGACGUGCUGCGCUCGCGCGUCAAGACGACGGGCAUCACCGAGACGCACUUCAAGAUUGGCGACCUCAACUACAAGCUGUUCGACGUGGGCGGCCAGCGCUCGGAGCGGAAAAAGUGGAUCCACUGCUUUGAAAACGUCACGGCCAUCAUCUUUCUCGUGGCCAUCUCCGAGUACGACCAGCUGCUGUACGAGGACCAGAACGUCAACCGGAUGCAGGAGGCCCUGACGCUGUUUGACAGCAUCUGCAACUCGCGCUGGUUUGUGCGCACCUCGAUCAUCCUCUUCCUCAACAAGAUUGACCUCUUCAAGCAGAAGCUGCCCAUCUCGCCUAUGGGCGACUACUUUUCCGACUACUCGGGCGGCUCCGACUACAACGCCGCGUGCGACUACAUUGUCAACCGCUUCGUCAGCCUCAACCAGAGCGACGCCAAGACCAUCUAUACCCACUUUACCUGCGCCACCGACACAUCCCAGAUCCGAUUCGUCAUGUCGGCGGUCAACGACAUCAUCAUCCAGGUCAACCUCCGAGACUGCGGUCUGCUCUAA